AUGCCGUAUCCUAGCAGAGAAGAGAUCCAAGACCUAUGCUCUUCCUUGGGGACGGCAGAUGCUUCGCCAUUCUUCAACAGAGUUGCUCCAGACGUCGUCUGGGACGUCAUGGGCACCUCGCAGAUUAGCGGCCGCUAUACAAGCCUGGACGAUUGGAAGAAGGGUGCCUACAAUGUCGCGCAGGGCUUUGUGAAGGAACAUUUGACUCUGACCGUCGUGAAUGUCGUGGGGGGAGCACAAGAGUGGGCUGUGGUGGAGCUUGAAGCCGAUGCAGUCUGCAAAAACGGCAUGAAGUAUCCGCAGCGGUAUGCGUGGGUGAUGCGUUUCAACGAGAGCGGGAUAAUUGUCCAGGUUCGCGCGUACUUGGACAGUCUCCUGCUAGAGAACGCCAUCACUUCCAAUGCAUCUUGA